AAAUAUCUAACCAUAAUCUGUUUACUUUUUCUUUGGUCUUACUUUCCAAGCGUCUCAAGAAAAAAAAAAAGGGAAGGAUGUGGGUUGAGAUCAUCUGUGGUCUAAUCUACAAAUUCGUCCGCCGUCUCUUCCACGACGACGAGCUUUCCGAUGACGAAACCUCCGGUUCCACUGCUAUCUUCUCCGUCGGUCACAGAGUUGAGAAGGUUUAUGGUGGAAAAGCUUAUGUAGGGCUUCGUAUUCCAGAUGCUGACACUUCUUCUAGACAGGACAUUGAUCUUGUCCUCCUCACUAAAGGACAAGUUGUGGUGAUCAAUGUCAAGGAUCUAUCUGGGGUUGUUAUGGUAACCAGCGAUGGAAGCUGGGUUUGUCAAUCUGGAAAGCAUCAGACUUACCCUGAUCCUCUGGUUGAGGUGAAAAAACAAGCUUCGGUUCUUGAAUCAUAUCUUGAACAAAGGGGGCUUACUCUACUAGAAGGAAAUCUGUCUUGCAAAGUUGUAAUUCCCAAUCCCAACUUUCGUACAAUGCAUGCGUUUCCGAGUGAGGUAAUUACCUACGAAGAGUGGAAACAUAUGAAACCAGUAUCAAGGAACAUUCUUUCUGGUUGGGUGAAAGGCGCAUUGUGCACGGGCAAAGAGAUGCAUGAAUCUUCGCAUCGAAAACUCAACUUCAUCCUUGGCACUGCACCAAUGUGGGAUAGGGUGGAGCUUAAAAGUAGCAAGAUUGUGUUUGGAGAGUUCCUUGAGUUCAAAGGAAAGCGGGAAGAUACUUUGGCUCUGAAACAAAUCAAGAGAUCAAAAGUUGACCGUAUCUCUAUUCAGCAUACAAGCAUGUUUGGAUUCGCACCGUCGAGGCUGCAGGUUGUUUACUCGUAUAGGGACUACAGAAGUGAAGGGAGAUCAGUAUCAGAGACGAAGGAAGUGACUGUAAGGUCGAGCACCGAGGUUGUGUUCCAGCCACGCGACUCCACGAAGAUUAAGAAAAUUCAGCUCUUGUCCCUCCGCUCCAUUUCACUAAGUGCCUAACUGUUCCAUUUGAAAAAACAGCAGAGAAAAGCUGUUUACUAUGUAUAUAUAAAUUACAUCUGAAUUCAGUUUUAUUAUUAAGCGAUAUAACAACCUGUUUGUGGAAAGGAAAGGAUAUUUUCUGGUUUA